UCUCCCUUCUUCCCACACAUUCUAUCGCAUCGUUGCGAGGGAAAAUAAUAAAUAAGCCAUUUGACCGAAGGAACGUUAGAGGAAGGUCCUAAUCGUAAGGCAUUAGUAUAAAAUAGUCUGUAUAUUCGCACCGGCCCGGCAAUUAAACCAAAUUAGCCAGUGGACUUAUUUGAUCUGCAGAGUUCUCACCUAGUAAGCAUAGGACGCCAUCGUAUUUGCAGUAUUUUGAGACCAGGCGUAAAAUUUUGCGGGGGCACCUAAUUAUUCCAGGAAUCUGUGUUUUAGGGCUGAAGAUAUUCAUUGAAUUUUUGGUCUUGGAUCUAGAGAUUCAAUGGGAGGCACCGAGAGAUUGAUGGAUCAGAUCUUUCAGCUCAAGUUUACCUCCAAAAGCCUGCAAAGACAGGCCAGAAAAUGUGAAAAGGAAGAAAAAGCGGAGAAACUCAAAGUGAAGAAAGCCAUAGAGAAAGGAAACAUGGAUGGAGCUCGGAUCUAUGCAGAAAAUUCCAUCAGAAAACACAAUGAGCAAUUAAACUACAUGCGAUUGGCCUCUCGUUUGGAUGCAGUCGUUUCCAGGCUUGAUACCCAAGCCAAAAUGAUGACAAUCAAUAAAUCCAUGACAUCAAUUGUUAGGGCACUGGAUACUGCCCUUGCCAGCAAUAAUCUUCAAAAGAUGUCUGAAACAAUGGAUCAAUUUGAAUCACAGUUUGUGAACAUGGAGGUACAGUCACAAUUUAUCGAGAAUGCUAUGGCUGGUAGCACUUCUCUGUCCACUCCAGAGGAUCAAGUCAACACUCUGAUGCAACAGGUAGCUGAUGAUUAUGGGCUUGAGGUAUCCGUUGGCUUACCUCAAGCUGCUGGCCAUGCGAUUCCUGCCAAGGAAGAGAAAGUUGAAGAGGAUGAUUUAAGUCGACGCCUUGCAGAACUUAAGUCCAGGGGUUAAUCUGUCCUUUUUGGGGCAUUGGUAUAAGAUUUAUUGAAUUUGGUAAUUAUUUUAACUUCAGACACUACAGAGCGACUUAGACUGCUUUUCAACUUAUAUUGUUGAUCAAUGCUGUUGCUAGAGGGUCUCUGUUUUUAUAUAAUAUCUAAUUCUGGAUUGAUCUGAAAUUUUGUUUAGGUUUGCAUCUAUUUAGGCCUUAGGGGGAAUAUACAUGUAUUGGUACCGAUGACUCUGCUGUAAAUGGAAGGCAUUGCUUAAAAGUCUUAAGUUUUAUCAGUUAUGGUCUUUUACCCCCCUCGGGCUCACACUGUAGUGAUUGUAUAUGAUACUUAGUCUAUUAUUAAUAGACCUUACAAAAUGGAUUACUUGUUGGACAA